CCUGAUAGAUAUGCACCAAAAAAUCGAAGGCAAAUGGUGGAGUGAGUGGGCGAGAAGAAGUCGGGUUGGGUCGAAGAGAAGGUUGAGGAGGAAGAGAGAGAGAGAGAGAGAGAGAGGAAGAGGGAGUGGGCGCUGGAUGGAUGGAUGGAUGUGGUUUCACCCAAAGCGAGCAGAGGUGGCCUGGGUCGGUGACAAUACAUCCUCUCGAAUGCACCCUUUUCCCCCCACAGACUCCCCCGACUUCCUUCCAGAUGCGAAUUGAUUCUCUAUAUUCCCCAUUCAACCCUUUUUUCUAUUUGCGCGUGGCUUUCUUUCAUCGCAAAAUCCUAAAUCGCAUUGCGUCCGAACGGACCGGCUUCUAUCUGGAUCUACGAGAUCGGCGACUCUGCCUGGAAGGACUUCUGGCAAAAAUAAACGUACAAAGUACCUGUCAGAUGAAUCGCUAAAACUACACUUUUAUAUUGCUAUAACUUUUGUUCCAAAUUAAUGCCAGUGAUGGGGUGAAGGGUGAGUGCAAAGUGCUUUUGGAUCUCUGGAGUAUCGGCCGGGUGUUGGCGCAAACGACGGCGACAUCGUCGAUCUGCGACCACAGA